AUGCAAAUAUAUCCUUACCCAGAACUUAUCGGUUCCUCAUCAUAUUUGGUAACAUGUACGAGACCUGACUUGGCCUAUUCAGUGAGCUAUUUAAGUCAGUUCAACAGUCGUUACGUUGAUACUGAUUGGGGUGCAUGCCCUAUAGAUCGACGUUCUUACACUGGUCGCGUUUAUACACUCAGUGGAGGUGCUGUAAGUUGGGAAUAUAGGAAGCAAAAAGCGGUUGCCCUCUCCAGUACCGAAACUGAAUAUAGGAAAUACUACAAUUCAGACAUUUAA